GAGGAAAGCGAAGCCAGUUUGGUCGGAGUCGCUCUGAACUCCACCAGGACUUCUGUCGAGCACAGAUCAAAUAUAUACGUUGUAGGGGGGGGGGGAUCAAAACCCUGCUGUGCCCCCCAUGCCUGGUCCGGGGGUGGGGGGCUCGGUUCCGUGACCCUUGCAGGGGGGGAAAAAGUCGCAUUUCCAGCCCCAGUCAUAAGAAACCGGGGGGGGGGGGGGGGCCGGCCACUUUGCAGGUGCACACGUGGAAGGGGGGUGAGCAGAAGUGGGAAAGUUGGUGCCCCCCCCAAGAGAAGGGCCGGGGACCCACCCGUUGCAAAGCGUCGCCGCGGCGGAGCCCUCUCAAAGGGGCAAAGUGGCGACGCUGAGCCCUUUGCCAAGAGUUGCAAACCCCCCGGGCAGCAAGAGGCGGCGGGCAGGCCGAGCGGGGUCCAGGCCGGGGCUGGAGGCGCGGCGCGCUUUGGGGGUGGGGGGCGGGGAGGAGGCUGGGUCGAUCGGCGGCGGCGGCGGCGGCGGCAGGGGGGGCGGGCGGGGGCGAAUCAAUAAACCUUUGGCGACCGAAAGCAUGUCUCCGGCGGCGGCGGCGUCGGCGGCGGCGAUGAGGGCGGCGGCGUCGGCGGCGGCGUCGCCCGGGCCGAGAUGUCAGGGCUGCUUCUCCCCGCGGCGGGUCAUCCUGAGCUGUGCAGCCGUGCAGGCGGCGGCGGUGGGGAGCCGGGGGUGGCGGCGGCGGCGGCGGCGGCGGCGGGCGCAGUAGGCGGCUGCUGGGCGGCGUGGUGCCCCCGUCCGCGGGAUCCCGGCGGCGCCCCCGAGCCGCGCCGUUGGGCAGCCGCUUGGCGAGGCGAGGAGUGGCGGCCGGCGGCGGCGGCGCCCGCCAGGUGCUGUGGCUGCUGCUGCUGCCGCCGCCUGCUCCGCCUGUGCUCCUGCGGGCGCCUCGUCGCCAGCAGCUCCGCCAGCCCCACCAGCAGCAGCCUGUGCAGCCCACUCGCCGGGCGCGCCGGAGAGGAGGCCGGCGGCGGCGGCGGGGGGAGCAGCAGCGGCGGCAGCGGCAGCAGCAUGCCGGCCAUCAAGCGCGAGCGGCCGGACCGGGAGGAGCUGGCGCUGGCCGCCUUCAACCAGCCCAUGGAGACCCUGCCGGGCUACCUGGUGCCCUUGGCCGCCGCCGCCAUCCCCGUGGUGACCCCGCACCCCCCGCCGCCCUACGAGCAGCUCUUCGCCCCGCACCCGCAGCACCCGCACCAGCACCCGCAGCUCCCGCACCCCCCGCCGCAGCCCCCGCGCGCCUACCUGGGCUUCGCCGAGGCCCCGCCGGCCGCCGCCGCCGCCGCCCACUCGCACGCGGCGCCGCUGGCGGAGGAGGUGCUGCUGGCGGAGCGGUUCUCGUCGGUGCCGGACUUCCAGCCGUUCCUGGACGGGGGCGAGCCGUGCCUGGAGGUGGAGUGCGGCGAGAACAAGGCGCUGCUCUACAUCCACAAGCUCUGCCAGGGCAGCAAGGGGCCCUCCAUCCGCCACCGCGGCGAGUGGCUCACCCCCAACGAGUUCCAGUUCGUCAGCGGCAGGGAGACCGCCAAGGACUGGAAGCGCAGCAUCCGACACAAAGGAAAAAGUUUGAAGACUCUUAUGUCCAAAGGAAUCUUACAGAAUCGGGGGCGCUUGGCUGAGAAGAGGACAAUCCCCUUGCCUCCCACCAGGACCCCGAAGAAGGAGUUGCCCUCCAUUUUUUCACACAGCGACGACAGCGAAGAAAGUGACAAGGUCAAUGGUCACCACCCCGAUGUCAAGCAAGAGGAGGAUUUGCAUAUUAGUAUCAUGAAAAGAAGGAUCCAUGCACACUGGGAUCUGAACAUCUCUUUCCGCGAGACCUCUUGCAGCCGGGACAACGACCUGACUUCCUUCAUCUCCAACCUGCACCAGAGUCGCCAGCUCGUUAUGCCAGAGACCCAGAGCCGCUGCGAGUUCAAGAGAAGCAGCCUCGACGUCGGCUUGGGAGGAGCAGAUGAAGUUUUAGGCAAGAGGAGAGCCUGCUCCCCGAACAGCGGCAGCGAAUGCCCUCUGGAAAACAAGAAAUCUCGAAGUGAGUCCCCAAAAGUGGACGAAAACAUCGUCGCACUAAUGAUGGACGAAAACAUCAUCGGACUAAGCUCGGACUAA